AGUAUCUUUUUCCCCGAAACCGCUAAAACUUAUUUUAACUUUUUCUUACGGGAAUGGAAAACUAUUGGGACAGGAAAAGCCGCGGUGUGUUAUAAAACAAAAGUUUAACUUUGUGAACAAACGAGAGCUUUUGGGGGUGGGGUAAAAGUAGUUCUGGAGGGGGGGUCAUGACCCCGGACGUCAGCGUCGGGCGCGUAUUUCAGAUUGGCGGUUCCGGUUCGGCAGUGCGACGGGUGCAAGAUGUGGUUGCGAAUGAACCAAGCUGCUGAAGAGUUUUACGCUCUUCUCCUGAAGAAAUUUAAUGAAGAAAAGAAAGGAAUCUGUAAAGACCCAUUAAUCUAUGAGGCUGAUGUUCAAGUGCAGUUGAUCAGCAAAGGCCAACCAAACCCUUUGAAAAAUAUUCUAAAUGAAAGUGACAUAGUAUUCGUCGUGGAAAAUGUGCCUUUAGAAAAGGAAGAAACAAGUCAUGUUGAAGAACUACAGUCGGAAGCAACUGCUAUUUCUGAUUUCUCUACUAGUGAAAAUGCUGGACCACUUGCUAUACCAGUUGGGAGAGCCAGGCAGUUAAUUGGACUCUACACCAUGGCUCACAAUCCUAAUAUGACCCAUUUGAAGAUUAAUCGGCCAGUUACUGCCCUUCCACCCCUUUGGGUAAGGUGUGACAGUUCAGAUCCUGAAGGUACCUGUUGGCUGGGAGCUGAGCUUAUCACAACCAAUAACGACAUUACAGGAAUUGUCUUAUAUAUGGUCACCUGUAAAGCUGAUAAAAAUUUUUCUGUAAAACUUGAAGAUCUAAAAAACUUACACAUGAAAAGACAUCACUUGUCUACUUUAACAGCCAGGGGCUUUGCCCAAUAUGAGCUCUUUAAGUCCACUGCCUUGGAUGAUAUUUCUGCUGCAUCACAGACUACGAUCACUUUGGAUAUUUCCUGGAGUCCUGUGGAUGAGAUUCUUCAAAUCCCUCCACUCUCUUCCACUGCAACUCUGAAUAUUAAGGUGGAAUCGGGAGAGCCUAGAGGUCCUCUGAGUCAUCUUCACAGAGAACUGAAAUUUCUUCUUGUUUUGGCUGUUGGUUUGAGGACUGGUGUAACUGAAUGGCCUGAGCCUCUGGAAGCAAAAUCUGCUGUUGAACUUGUGCAGGAAUUUCUGAAUGACUUAAAUACGCUGAAUGGAUUUGGUGAUUCUACCAAAAAGGACACAGAGGCAGUGAAGCAUGACUCCGCCGCAGUUGAUCAGUCCAUGGCAUGUCUUCUUACAGUACGUGGUGAUCUUGAUUUUGCUGAGCAGCUGUGGUGCAAAAUGAGCAGUACUGUGAUUUCUUAUCAAGACUUGGUGAAGUGUUUUGCGUUGAUCAUCCAGAGUCUCCAACGUGGUGAUAUACAGCCAUGGCUUCAUAGUGGGAGUAACAGUUUACUAAGUAAGCUCAUUCAUCAGUCUUACCAUGGAACCAUGGACACGGUUUCUCUCAGCGGGACUGUUCCAGUUCAGAUGCUUUUGGAAAUUGGUUUGGAUAAAUUGAAGAAAGAUUAUAUCUGUUUUUUCAUAGGUCAGGAACUUGCAUCUUUGAAUCAUUUGGAGUAUUUCAUUUCUCCAUCAGUAGAUACACAUGAAAAGGUGUAUCGUGUUCAAAAACUUCACCAUAUUCUUGAAAUAGUAGUCAGUUGCAUGCUUUUCAUUAAACCUCAACAUGAGCUUCUCUUUUCUUUAACACAAUCUUGCAUAAAAUAUUAUAAACAAAAUCCUCUUGAUGAGCAACACAUUUUCCAGCUGCCAAUCAGACCAACUGCUAUAAAAAAUUUGUAUCAAAAUGAGAAGCCACAGAAAUGGAGAGUGGAAAUAAAUAGUGGUCAAAAGAAGGUGAAAACAGUUUGGCAACUGAGUGACAGCCCACCUUUCGACCAUCUGAGUUUUCAUAAACCUGAUUUUUCUGAAUUAACAUUAAACGGUAGCCUGGAAGAAAGGAUAUCCUUUAUUAACAUGGUUACCUGCAGCCAGGUGCAUUUCAAGUGAAGGAUGCUGAUGGGGCCCUCUGUAAGCACAAGUCAAAAAAAUAAAAAAUAAAAAAGGAAAAAAGAAAAGAUAAUCAUCAGAGAACCUGAAAACAGAAAUGUAUGUAAAUCUUCGAAGCAGAAAAAUGAGGACGCCCCUGAAGAAGAUCCUGGAGGUUCUCUGUGAAAGAUGCAGCUACAAAACGGAUGACCCUGUCUCAGCUCAGGCUCCGCAGAAGGAGCACCAGGAGAACGGCAGCGAUGAGUAUACAGAGGGUGCAGACUGUAGGCACCACGAUCUCGGAUACAAUCUGCAUGUAACUUAGCAAAGGCUCUGCAGUGAGGGAGAGAACACAGCAGAAUAGAAUGUGGUCAUUGUGGUGAAUGUAGCUUCAUCCUGAAAACUUCAACUGUCUGAAAAAACCUGGAAAAUGGCACCAUCACACUUUCACAUUAUUUUAAUUUGGCAUAAAAGAGAACCUGGUGAAUUAAGUGUUAAAAAAAAUUGAGGGCUUUUUAAGAUAUUUCAGAAAAUAUGAAUAAAGGAUGCUUAAAUCUGA